GUCCGGCUGUGUAUCCUCAACCGCAUUUGAGGGCAAAUCUGCUCUCAACUCUCCCGACUCCUUAACACCAGCGUCACGGGAAACAACAAUGGACUGACUGAGCACAAACCCAGCGCGAGACACGGAGGGAGUUAGCAAAGAGAGAAAGAGCGAGAGUGCGCGAGGGCAAGAGAGAGAAGAGAGACAGAAGAGAGAGAGCGAGAGAGAGAGAGAGAGAGAGAGAGAGGGGAGAAACGCCGCCUUGUUUUUGAAGCAUACACAUAUUUUUGUGGACAGACGCUGCUCCGGUUUCGGGACGGAUUGAGUGACCAUAACGUCUUUGAAGAGGGAGAUGUCACAGCGGAGCAGUGCUAGCACGAGGAUGCAGCCGCGCGAGCCCUCAUUGCAGUGCAUCUCCGGUAAGAUGGACGAGACGUAUUGGGGCUAAGGAUUCGGCGGGGGAGAGAUGUUUUGCUGUUGCCGUAGGCUGUUAGAAAGAACGAAUGCCUUCCCUGGCGUUAUGUCGCGCUCGUAAUAUGUAGCACGAGCAACGGCAGAGCGCGUGCAAGCUGUUUCUCAGCCGACAAAUAGAGCAAAGCGGAGCGCCGAGCCCUCCAGCGUCUUCUCCCACCUUGAGUGUCCAUGUGACGGCCGUGAUGCCCGGCUAAGAAGUGAGAGUAGCCUCGGGAGCUGUCCGUGGUGCUGAACGGAGUUGACCUUCCCUCUCCGAGCGGUAAAUCAAGCCUCCUGCAUCACACAGUAAGGUGGCAAAAGCAAAGCGUCACAGGCCACCACCACACAUGCGGACAGCUGCCGGGCUUGACUGAGUCAGCCGGACAAUCUUCUCUUUCAUGGCUGUGGCACGCAAAAUCAAAACUUUGCUGACCGUCAACAUUUUGGUGUUCGUGGGGAUUAUCCUGUUCUCGGUCUACUGCAGGAUUCAGGACCGGUCCGAGGAGCUCAUCCAGAUAGGGCGUAUUUCUGACCAGAGGCUGCGAGCCAGGAAUGGCAAAGUUUCCAACUUGGUGGACAGGCAGUCCAUUCUGCAGAGGCUGGAGAGGCUGGAGGAUGUGGUCUACAACCAGCUGAACGGUUUGGCAAAGCCCAUGGGGCUGGUUGAAGGCCCCGGAGGCCUUGGCCAGGGGGGAGCUGCUGCCACUCUGGGGGAGGACAGCCGAGAUGCCGAGGGGAAGUACGAGGAGUACGGCUACAACGCUCAGCUAAGUGAUCGCAUCUCCCUGGACAGGAGCAUCCCAGACUACAGGCCUAAAAAGUGUAAGCAGCUGACGUACCCAGAGGACCUUCCUCAGAUCUCUGUGGUCUUCAUCUUUGUGAACGAGGCUCUGUCUGUGAUCCUUCGCUCUGUUCACAGCGUGGUCAACCACACGCCGGGACACCUGCUGAAGGAGAUCAUCCUGGUGGAUGACAACAGUGACAGUGUGGAGCUGAAAUUCAACCUGGACCAGUACGUGAACAAACGCUACCCCGGCCUCGUGAAGAUCGUGAGGAACAGCAAGCGUGAGGGCCUGAUCCGAGCCAGGAUACAUGGCUGGAACGCCGCCACGGCUCCUGUCGUCGGCUUCUUUGAUGCCCACGUGGAGUUCAACACGGGCUGGGCUGAACCCAUCCUGACUCGGAUGAAGGAGGAUCACACCCGCAUCAUCCUGCCCGCCAUCGACAACAUCAAGUACAACACGUUUGAGGUCCAGCAGUACGCCAACGCCGCCCAUGGCUACAACUGGGGGCUGUGGUGUAUGUACAUCAUCCCCCCUCAGGAGUGGCUGGACAAGGGCGAUGAGACGGCACCCAUCAGAACUCCGGCUAUGAUCGGCUGCUCCUUUGUGGUUGAUCGGGAAUACUUUGGCGAGAUCGGUCUGCUGGAUCCUGGCAUGGAGGUCUACGGGGGCGAGAACAUCGAACUCGGCAUGCGGGUCUGGCAGUGUGGAGGGAGUAUGGAAGUCCUGCCGUGUGCCAGAGUGGCCCACAUCGAGCGAACCAAGAAGCCCUACAACAAUGACAUAGAUUACUACGCUAAGCGCAAUGCCCUGCGGGCGGCUGAGGUGUGGAUGGAUGAAUACAAAUCCCACGUCUACAUGGCCUGGAACAUUCCCAUGAAUAACCCAGGGGUAGAUUUCGGGGAUGUCUCGGAGCGUUUGGCCUUAAGGAAGAGGCUGCAAUGUCGGAGUUUUCGCUGGUACCUUGAACAUGUCUACCCAGAGAUGAGGAUCUACAACAACACCAUCACAUACGGAGAGGUGAGGAACAGUAAAGCCAGCGGAUACUGUCUGGAUCAGGGCUCUGAGGACGAUGACAAAGCCAUUCUUUACCCCUGCCACGGCAUGUCCUCUCAGCUUGCCCGUUAUUCUACUGAGGGGCUCCUCCAGCUGGGACCCCUGGGGUCGACCACUUUCCUGCCUGACACUAAAUGCCUGGUCGAUGACGGCAGAGGACGAACACCCAGACUAAGAAAAUGUGAAGCUGUUUCGAGAACUUCUCAGAGACUUUGGGACUUCACACAGAACGGUCCGAUCAUCAGCCGUGACACGGGUCGAUGCUUGGAGGUAGAAAUGUCCAAAGAUGCCAACUUCGGCCUUCGCCUGGUGGUCCAGAGAUGCUCGGGUCAGAAGUGGAUGAUACGAAACUGGAUUAAGCAUCCGAGGCACUGAAGCCAGAGAACGACCUCUGAGACAUUUUGGGCAGAGAUUCAAGCCGUAGUUGGAUCUCAAACUGUGGACCGUUCAGUGCGUGGAGCGCUGGUGUUAGUGUGUGGUAUUUCACACCACAGACUGCAGCGCACACUGAGCUCCCCCUCAGGCCACAGAGCUCUCUAACUCGGAGUCUUAAAGAAGAAUCUGAUCAAUUCGUGUGUUACACCGAGAUGUGCGUUCACAGAGACCUUAAGGCAAGCUGCUCUGUAUGAAAUGGCCAACAUUUCUGACAUUCAGCUACAUGUAUAAAACAGAGAAACAAGAAACUUGAGUGCAGCCCCUGAAGGCGGUUCAAGAUCCUCAUAAUACUUUUGUUUCUACUGUAAAACCCUCAGAUCUCUGAAGAUGAGAGUGUGCAAGAGAGAGAGGGAGUCCUGUCUUUUCUGAGUGCUUCUCAGCAAAAAGAAAAGAUUGCUGUCAGAUGCUACAUCAGAAUGAUUAUUUUGGGCUGUGA